AGUGCCUGCAAAAAUGAAGGUCCAAGUUAUAUCAAAAGAGAUCGUUAAACCAUCAGUACCAACACCUCCUCAUCUAAGAAAUUUCAAGCUUUCACUUCUUGAUCAACUUCUUCCUCCAUUUUACGUUCCCAUAGUUAUUUACUACCCGGCUAGUGCUGAUCAAGAAUGCAAUAAUGAUACUCACGAGCAAAUUAGUAAAUCCGAGUUACUCAAGAAAUCAUUAUCGGAAAUUCUAACGCAUUUCUAUCCCAUGGGGGGUAAGGUAAUAGAUAACGUCUUGAUUGAUUGUAACAAUGAAGGUGUAGAGUUUAUCGAAGCGAGAGUGGAUGGUGUAAUGUCUGAUUUUAUGAAUGUUGAGGCAGUUCAACAACUUCAUCCAUUACAUAUCAUGUUAGAUGAUGUAGCUAAAGAUGCACAAUUAGCUAUUCAAGUUAAUUCGUUUGGUUGUGGUGGAAUAGCUAUUAGUAUUAGCACGUCGCACAAGAUAAUUGAUGGAUGCACAGCAGUAACAUUUAUUAGGAGUUGGGCAGCCACCACUCGUGGAGCACCAAAACAUGAAAUUCUGUAUCCAACCUUUGACUCGGCGGAUAUCUUCCCGGCGUUACCAUCAGAAGUGCAAGUAUCGUCACUAGAGUCAGAUGAUUCCAUCCAAGGAGAGAAUGUCGUUACGAAAGUAUUUCUGUUUACGGCUCCAAAGAUUGCAGCACUUCGUGCACGGAUCGUUGAGUUAAGAAGCAGCAAUGUCUUGUCUAAAUAUCCGACUCGUACCGAAGUACUAUCAGCUUUGAUAUGGAGGUCUUUCAUUAAGACUUGUAGAGUAAAAGCUGCCCGCAAGCUCACCCACUCUGAUGCCUCAACAAAACCCAUUAUCAUCAGAUCUCUAACAAACUAUGCUGUAAAUUUGCGGACUAGGUUGAAUCCAACGUUGCCGCAUGUAUCAUUUGGCAAUAUUAUCAUGGAUGCAACAGCAGAGUCAACCACAACAAUUGAUCACGAAGAGGCUACUCCGGGGUUCAUCGAAACUUUGGAUGAGUUGAUUGGCCAACUGAGACUAGGGGUGAAUAAGAUCGACGGCGAAUACAUACGUAAAUUACAAGAAGGUGAUGUUGGGUUUUUAAAAUCACAUGAAGCUUCGCAUCAAUCGGAUGACCAUGACGGUGAUGAGAAUAAGGUUCUUAUUUGUUGGUUAAACAGUUUAUGUAGGUUUCCAUUCUACGAAACUGAUUUUGGAUGGGGAAAACCAUCAUGGGUAGCUCUAAAUACAAAUGCAGAAUACAAGAACUCUCUUUUCCUGAUUGAUACAAAAUGUGGUACUGGUGUAGAAGCAUGGGUCAGUUUAGAAGAGGAAGACAUGGCCAUAUUUGAGGAGGAUCAAGAUCUUCUCCAAUAUGCUAAAACUAUUAACUAA